GUCCGCUAAAGUAUCCGAGUUCAGUCUAUUUUCGGGUGGUAUCCUAGCUUCAUCAGGGUAGCUCGGCGAUGUGGAUCCGCCAUUAGUAUGCCUACUACUCAACUUAUAAAGGACCGGUUCUCCCAUAUGAGAUGAAUUGAAUAGAAUAUCUUCUCUCAUAAUAUCAAUCUAAAUACAGACUUGCUAAGAUACACUUCACUUGUUCGAAUCAAUGGCGAAAGGCUCUAUUCUGGUUACCGGCUCUAACGGGGGUCUAGGUUCUGCCAUUCUUGAACGGAUCAUCCUUCGACCGUCUGUCGCCCAAGACUACUAUGGGUUAUAUGCUGUGCGCAAGGCCGAGACUGCUGAUGAUGCGAAGAAGGCUCUUCGGGGUGCUGCCAAAGCGAAACACCAAUAUGAGCUUGUCUCAAUAGACCUCUCGAGCCUUGAUAGUGUACGCAAGACUGCCGCAGAUAUUAACGAGCGAGUCGCAAGCGGCAAGCUACCGCCUAUCAGGGCCCUUAUACUUUCCGCCGCCUACCAAGAACACUUCUCCCAUAGCUUCACCAAGGACGGCUUCGAUAUGACCUUUCAGGCUACCUACCUCUCACAUUUCCUCUUGACACUUCUCCUAUUACAGAGCAUGGAUAAGGAGAAAGGUCGCAUAGUCAUUCUAGGUAGCUGGACACAUGACACUACCGACCUAAAGAACCAGUCAGGCCCGUAUGCGGAAACAUACAUACCGGAAGAGUUCCACCAGAUCUUCACCGAUCCGGAGGGCAGCACCGAGCCUAUCGCAAAAGGCACAUGGGGUGCAGCCAACGGAGAAAAGGAAGACCGAUUAGCUGGCAUGAGGCGAUACGGAGCUGCUAAGCUAUCCCAGGUCAUGACAUUGAAAGAGUUAGCACGCCGUAUACCGAAAGACCCGGCUCUGUCCAAUAUCGUAACACUAGGCGUGGACCCCGGAGGGAUGUCCAGCCCUCUAUCCCGACGCGCUUCAUGGUUUCUGCGUAACAUCGCGCUUCCCAUCGUCGGCGCAAUCAUCGCACCGAUCCUAACCUGGCUGUAUCCCAACGGCAGCCUGCGAACGACGUGGAAGUCUGCCGGCGACGUGGUGCGCGCCGCCUUUGAUUCCGACGGCGAUCUCGCGCAUCCGAAUGGACUCUAUAUCAACGGAACAGAACCCAUUGAAACUAGUCCCGAGGCUAAUGAUGAGAAGAAGACCCUUCGGUUAUGGCGUGAUAGUCUUGUUUAUGCGAAUGUUAAGGAGGGCGACACCGUGCUGGCGGAUUGGAAGUGAGAUGAGGGUUGGUGGUAAUCUGGAACAUGUUGCGCUUUUCCCGUCGUUGAGUAUAUAUUUUAAAAAUUCUGUAAGGUAGUCUGUAUGCGAUAGAAAGUGUUAAUGAGAUUAAUAAAAUUGGAAUGGAAUUAAAGCGGCUCGGGUGAUUAAACCGAUGGUGCACAACGGGUUAUCCGAGGUCGGAAUCCGUCUCCAGCAUUAGAUUGCGA